AUGGCGCCUCAUCCCUUAGGUGUGCCCAUUAUCCAAGUGACCCACAAGACCGAGCAGCCCUUCCCCGGAGCCUCGGACCACGAAGUGCCCUGCGCCGCCUCCGCCCCAUCUAGCCCCACUCGCACGCCGCGAGGCUGCGCAGAGGCAGAAGGGGGGAGCUGUCGAGGGUCCUCGAGGAAGCUCCGCGCCCGGCGCGGAGGGCGCAGCAGGCCCAAGAGCGAGCUGGCGCUGAGCAAGCAGCGAAGGAGCCGACGCAAGAAGGCUAACGACCGCGAGCGCAAUCGGAUGCACAACCUCAACUCCGCGCUCGACGCGCUGCGCGGCGUACUGCCCACCUUCCCCGAUGACGCGAAACUCACCAAGAUCGAGACGCUGCGCUUUGCGCACAAUUACAUCUGGGCGCUGACUCAGACGCUGCGCCUAGCGGACCACAGCUUCUAUGGGCCGGAGACUCCGGCGCCUCCCUGCGGGGAGCUGGGCAGCCCGGACGGUGGCUCCCCUGAGGACUGGAGCUCUCUCUACUCCCCAGUUUCCCAAGCUGGUAGCCUGAGUCCCACCACCUCGCUGGAGGAGCGCGCCGGACUGCGAGUGCCCACCUCCCCCGCCUGCUUGUGCCCGGGCGCCCUGGAGUUUUCUGACUUCUUGUGA